CCUAUGAAGCUUUUUACCAGUACCCCACAGUUGAUAUUAUUUUUUUCAGAAACCCAAAAGGUUAAAAAGUAAAUAGCUUUCAGAUUCAUCUUCCCUUUGCUCGUCACUUUCUCAGUUAAAAAUACAUUUAUCUUCUACAGUGUACACGCACGCCCCUCAUCCCUUUUUAUCUGCUUUCCUUCACAUACCCUUUACUCUUUUCUUUUUUCUAAAAGACCACAUACUUGCUCCAAAGUAGGUCUUUUUAUUCCUUUUUUGCCAUCUUUGUUGCUGACAAAAUCUUUAUCCUCUGUUGAUUCUCAUAUUUUUAUGCUCGUAAUUGGUUCAGAAACCUGUCAUUUUCUUUAGGUUUUGGAUUUGAAUCUCUGAAAUCUUGUGAAUUUAGGUCUCAAGUUGUGGGUUUCUUCAUUUGGGUUGUUUCUUGUUUGUGUUUGAUUAGUUGUUUCUAAUCUUUCUGUUCAAAUUUGAAGGCUUUUGAAGAUCGAAAAAAGUUGGACUUUGACAGAUAUGAUGAAGACUUUGACUUUCAUUUGUGCGAUGUGUCCCAAAACUGGUUGAUUCCUUUUUGCGGUGUGUGGUGGGGCCUUGUUUCGGAUUGGUUGCAACCAUUUUCCCCUUUUUGGCUGUUGAAUAUGAGGAGAUAUUGACUUCAGCCAAAACCCAUCGCGGAUUUGCUGUGAAAUUGAGUUCCUUUUUUGUUAGUUUUGGAAGAAUUUGGGUAUGAGGGAUAUGGAGGAAAAUGGGGCAAAAAAUUGGAGAGAAGUGGUGAAGAAGAUGCUUCCUCCUGGUGCUUCACUGCCUGAAGAUUGUGAAGAAGAUUACUCAAUUGCCUUAGAAUAUAUGGGUCCUGAUGUCUCUUAUGAGCUUCCUAGGGUAGAGCCUUUAGAUGUAAAUCCAAGAUCAAUUCCAACUGCAUCUGUAGCUGAAUCUUUUUCAGAUUCAAGAAGAUCCAUCACACGAGAUGGUCCACCCGUAAUUGAACCCAUCCCUUUGCCCGUUUCGUAUAUUGCUGGUGUAGCAGAUUCACCCAAUCAAAGUCCAAGAUUAUCGGGGAGUUCUGAAUCUGUUGUUUCAGUUUUGCGUAACGCGGAUUCUUUCUCUGCUUCGCCUUCGGCGUCUCCUGGUUCUGUUCAGAACCAACGGAAUGAUCCUAACGGCAAUGACGUUAGAAGAGCUCCAGCGGUCACUUUUAACACGAUUGAUAGACCAGAAGGGAAAGAAGUGGAUUUAGAGAGGCCGGCUUAUCCAGAAUAUGUGGCGGUUUCCAAGGAAAAGAAGAAGAAAAAGAAGAAAAGAAGGGUUUGUUAUCGAUGUGGGAAAGGAAAAUGGGAAACGAAAGAAUCUUGUUUGGUUUGUGAUGCAAAAUAUUGUAGUAAUUGUGUUCUUAGAGCAAUGGGAUCGAUGCCAGAAGGCCGAAAGUGUGUUACUUGUAUUGGUGAGGCGAUUGAUGAGUCAAAACGGCUAACAUUGGGCAAGCAUUCGCGGUUAUUAUCUCGUUUGCUUAGUCCUUUGGAAGUCAAACAGAUUAUGAAAGCGGAAAAAGAAUGUUCUGCUAAUCAGCUUCGGCCUGAGCAGUUGAUUGUUAACGGAUUUCCGCUUAAACCUGAUGAAAUGGCUGAACUUUUGGGGUGCCCAUUGCCCCCAAGAAAGUUAAAACCUGGAAUGUACUGGUAUGAUAAAGAAUCUGGUCUUUGGGGAAAGGAGGGAGAUAAACCCGAUAGGGUUGUGAGUUCAAACUUGAAUUUUACUGGGAAACUUAGUCCAACUGCAAGCAAUGGAAACACAGAAGUUUAUAUGAAUGGUCGAGAAAUUACUAGCCGUGAGCUGAGAGUGCUGAAGCUGGCAAAUGUGCAGUGUCCUCGUGACACUCAUUUUUGGGUGUACGAUGAUGGUCGUUAUGAGGAGGAAGGCCAGAACAAUAUUAAGGGAAAUAUCUGGGAAAAGGCUACAACACGUUUUCUUUGUACGUUAUUAUCAUUGCCUGUGCCACAUGGUCAACCUCAACGAGAGAGGGAUGAAGCCAGCAACUAUACUACUGUUCCCAAUUACUUUGAGCCCAAAAAGAUUCAAAAGCUUUUGUUACUUGGACUUGAGGGAUCUGGAACCAGCACAAUCUUUAAGCAGGCAAAAUUCUUAUAUGGAAACAGAUUUAGUGAUGAAGAGUUGCAAAAUAUUAAGCUUAUGAUUCAGAGCAACAUGUAUAGAUACCUCAGCAUUCUACUUGACGGAAGGGAGCGCUUUGAGGAAGAAGCGAUGAUGAAGAAGAACUCCAUUGAAUCCCAUGAUCAAUCCAAUGAAACAGGAAACGAGGCUGAUGCUGAAGAAACUGUUCACUGUGUCUACUCCCUUAACCCGAGAUUGAAGCAUUUUUCUGAUUGGCUUCUUGAUAUCAUUGCUACCGGAGAUUUGGAUGCGUUUUUCCCUGCAGCAACACGGGAGUAUGCUCCGCUAGUCGAAGAGGUGUGGAAGGAUCCUGCCAUCCAGGAAACGUAUAAGAGGAGAAACGAGCUACACUUCCUUCCUGAUGUUGCAGAGUAUUUCUUAAGCCGGGCCGUUGAGGUUUCUAGCAAUGAAUAUGAACCUUCGGAACAUGACAUACUAUAUGCCGAAGGAGUCACCCAAGGGAAUGGCUUGGCAUUCAUAGAAUUCUCCCUCGAUGAUCGUAGCCCGAUGUCCGAGACAUAUACGGACAAUCUCGAUGCUCAAUCCCAACCUCUUACCAGAUAUCAACUCAUUCGUGUAAACGCCAAGGGAAUGAAUGAAGGUUGUCGAUGGGUGGAAAUGUUCGAGGACGUUCGAGUAGUCGUCUUCUGUGUCGCCUUAAGUGACUACGAUCAAAUGUGGCUAUCACCUGACACCACCGGAAGCGGUUCACUCCUCCAAAACAAGAUGGUCCAAAGCAAAGAACUUUUCGAAGCCAUGAUCAAGCACCCGUGUUUUAAAGACACCCCUUUUGUGUUGAUUCUCAACAAGUACGAUCUCUUUGAAGACAAACUCAGACAAACACCACUAAGCGCGUGCGACUGGUUCACCGAUUUCAGCCCGGUUCGACCCUACACCAACAACCAAAACCUAGCCCACCAAGCCUAUUACUAUGUGGCCAUGAAAUUUAAGGACCUAUAUGCGUCGCUCACCCCCCGAAAGCUCUUCGUUUGGCAGGCCCGGGCCCGCGACCGAGUGACGGUAGACGAAGCUUUUAAAUACAUUCACGAGAUCUUAAAAUACUACGAGAAGGAAGAGACGUAUUAUAAUGGCGCCGAGGACUCGUUUUAUAGCACGACAGAUGUAAGCUCACCACCGUUUAUCAGGCAGAAUGAGACAAGUUGAAGUAUGUCUGAUUUGGGUUUAUCGUUGUAGAUAAGAUGGUCGAGUGGGUUGGUUGGUGAAUAAGUUGUCGUUUUUAUUCGGGGGUUUUUACGAGUUAGCGAUGUGUAUGCGUAUGCAGUUGGGAGUUGAAUUUUAUAUGAUUCGAUUGUCAUUGUCGUAUAGCUCUCCUGUAAGUUGAUAUGACGAGUAGGGUCAAGAUCCGAUUUUCAAAUGUAACGAAGCCAUAAGGUUUCUUUUUAUGUUUAUUGGCGCAGUAUAACGCUCAUUUAUGUAUGUCGCGGAGUAAAUCGAAGCCGUUACUGUAUGAUUGCAAGUUUGUCUGUAUGUUUGGCUAUUUGUAUAUCAGAUUUUCUUGUCGGUUCCUUCGGACGACG